AAAUUUAUUAAAAUAAUCGCCUAAGAAAAUGAUGAAAAGACAGAGCCUGUAAUGAAAUUGAAGAAGAGGAAGAGAAAGAGAGAGAAAGAGAUUGCCAAUUGAGUGACCAUAAGAAUCAUACCAAUGCCCCUCCUUUUCUCACGCUCAAAUUUCCCUUAAUUUUUCUUUUUUGAAGAUUUUUGUUCAAUUAAGCUAAACCCACAUUAUAUAGUACAGAUCUGAUUCUAUACUGAUUAUAAUAUCAAUAACAGUGUUGGAAUUUAGAGAAAAUGGAGGCAAAUGCUGGAAUGGUGGCUGGAUCCUACAAGAGGAACGAGCUUGUUAGAAUUCGUCAUGACUCUGAUAGUGCGCCAAAGCCCUUGAAGAACUUGAAUGGUCAGGUAUGUCAGAUCUGUGGGGAUACCGUUGGACUGACUGCCAAUGGUGAUGUAUUUGUUGCUUGCAACGAAUGCGCUUUUCCAGUUUGCCGUUUAUGUUACGAGUAUGAACGAAAAGAUGGAAAUCAGUCAUGUCCCCAAUGCAAGACUAGAUACAAAAGACACAAGGGGAGUCCACGAGUUGAAGGUGAUGAUGAUGAGGAUGAUGUUGACGAUUUAGAAAAUGAAUUUAGUUAUUCUCAGGGAAAGAGCAAGGCUCGAUCCCAAUGGCAGGGAGACGAUAUUGAACUCUCUUCAUCUAGUAGACGCGAAUUACAGCAACCAAUCCCUCUUCUUACUAAUGGGCAGCUGGUGUCUGGGGAAGUUCCCAGCUCUAUACAAGACACUCAAUCUGUAAGAAGUACAUCAGGACCAUUGGGCCCUGUAGACCGGCAUGUUCACUCCCUUCCCUAUAUUGAUCCAAGGCAGCCUGUUCCUGUGAGAAUUGUGGACCCUUCAAAAGACUUGAAUUCUUAUGGACUUGGAAAUGUCGACUGGAAGGAGAGAGUGGAAGGUUGGAAACUAAAACAGGAGAAAAAUAUGGUGCAAGUGAACAACAGAUACAGUGAAGGGAAAGGAGAUAUUGAAGGCACAGGGUCAAAUGGAGAAGAAUUACAAAUGGCUGAUGAUGCUCGCCAACCCAUGAGUCGUGUUGUGCCUAUUUCUUCUACUCAUCUUACCCCGUAUCGUGUUGUAAUAGUUCUUCGGUUGAUAAUCUUGGGCUUCUUCUUGCAAUACCGUUGUACUCAUCCUGUAAAAGAUGCUUAUCCUUUGUGGCUGACAUCAGUUAUCUGUGAGGUUUGGUUUGCUCUUUCAUGGCUUCUGGAUCAGUUUCCAAAGUGGUACCCUGUCAAUCGUGAGACGUACUUGGACAGACUCGCAUUAAGAUAUGACAGGGAGGGUGAGCCAUCCCAGUUAGCCCCUGUCGACAUAUUUGUCAGUACAGUGGACCCCAUGAAAGAACCUCCUCUUAUUACUGCCAAUACCGUGCUGUCCAUCCUUUCUGUGGAUUACCCUGUCGACAAAGUCUCCUGUUACGUGUCAGAUGAUGGUUCAGCAAUGCUAACCUUUGAAGCCCUUUCUGAAACUGCAGAGUUUGCUAGGAAAUGGGUGCCUUUCUGCAAGAAGCACAGCAUUGAGCCAAGGGCCCCUGAAUUCUAUUUUGCUCAGAAGAUUGAUUACCUUAAGGACAAGAUUCAGCCUUCCUUUGUGAAAGAACGGCGAGCAAUGAAGAGAGAAUAUGAAGAGUUUAAGGUACGUAUCAAUGCGCUUGUUGCCAAGGCUCAAAAGAUGCCUGAAGAAGGAUGGACAAUGCAAGACGGAACCGCUUGGCCUGGAAACAACCCUCGUGAUCAUCCGGGAAUGAUCCAGGUUUUUCUAGGGCACAGUGGGGGUCUUGAUACAGAUGGAAAUGAGCUUCCUCGCCUGGUUUAUGUUUCUCGUGAGAAGCGUCCAGGAUUCCAACAUCACAAGAAAGCUGGAGCUAUGAAUGCAUUGGUAGGUUAUUGGUUGCCUAUCCCCAUUGUCAUUACUAUAUGAUAACACAAUUGUGAU